AGUUUCUGGCAUCGAUUCGUCGUGCCUGUUGCUACAGUGGCUGGCCGCUCUGCUGCUUCAUCACAUCUGCUUGAACAUCGACUGAGCUGCUUCUCUACUGCAUCCUCAGCUUAGCGACCUAAACGAGUCUUCGUCCUAGCAAUGUCUGAGGAAGAAAUUAAGUCUUUGGAAGAACAACAGGAAAUGCAGGACAAAGUCAUCAGUCCAGAGAAAGAAGAGGAAGCUAAGCUAAAGGCCAGAUAUCCUAAUCUAGGAGCCAAGCCUGGGGGUUCUGACUUCCUCAGGAAAAGACUUCAGAAGGGGCCAAAAUAUUUUGACUCCGGCGACUACAACAUGGCCAAGGCAAAAAUCAAGAACAAGCAGUUGCCAUCAGCCCCAAUGGAAAAGACUGAGAUCACAGGAGGACACAUCCCAACACCUCAGGACCUGCCUCAAAGGAAGACCUCGAUCGUAGCAAGCAAACUAGCUGUCUAACAAUUUUGUGUUCAUAGUUUUCCUACCAUUCCAUCCACCAUUUUACAAUUACUGUACCUGUUUUUUGUUUUCGUUUACCCUUGUCCAAAUUCCAUAAGAACAAUUUGAUAAUAGUUGUCAUGAGCUAAACUGUCGAGAGAAAAAACCUGACAAAACUGAAAAUGUUGAAGAUUUUAAUAGUGUAAUUACUAAGAUUGGAGCACAAUCUAAAAUCAAUAAUUAACAGUUUCCAAUUUUAAGCAUCUCUAUUGCCUCCAUAUUAAUUAAUAGUCACAAUUUAUCAGUGAUAAUCAGAACAAAAUGGGAUACAUUUAAAUUGUAAAUGUGUAAUUUAAAGAUCCUCUUUAAAUGGUUCCGGGGUUUACCUACUUAUUCAGAGGCAUGUUUAAAUUAUUAAAAAAAUUAACUUUUUUUAUUGUUCCUUUUGAACUUUCUUUUUGUAGCUUUCUUACAUUGUUUUUAUUUAAUUAUGUGCUUUCAAAGUAUGGUAGACUAGAUAAUUCAUGCUUUGUAGCCAGUUGUGUUCAGUUCAUGUUCAGUUCAGCAUUGAUUUACAAUGAAAUGCUGCUGGUCUUCAUCUCAUCCUGACCUUUAAAAUGGCCUUAAAAGUAACAAACUGUUGUUCCUCUUGAGCAAUAUUUGCUCCCUCAGUGGAAAAUCUUGGUUAUGAAUUUUGCCUGGCAUGUCUUUUGCUGUUUGACUGAAUUUGAUUUGGAUUUUAUGGGGAAGAAAUUACCAGGACAAGUCUGGAGUGUGCAUGUGCAUUUCCUGUGUAGUUACGCUGUGCCAUUUGUUUUAUAAUUAAAAUAGUU